AUGCCCCCUUUCAUUCCUUCCAAACGUCAGUCCUCUGAGGAGCCACCCCCUUCUAAACGCCAUGCCAUCGCUGCGGCGACUUCGCCCUCCGGUAGCUCUCCUCUAACACCAGUCUCCGACUCUUCCUUGACUCCCGUUCCGACCGACUUCGACAAUAAUCUUAGUGAUGAUGAAGAUACGAAGGUUAUCUCUGAAUCUGAUGACGGCGACUCCGACGAGGUCGAUUGGGAAGAUGCCAUUCAGGAAGACGCCGUCCAGUCCGCGGCUCCCACCACCACCUUCGUAUCCCCGCACGAGAACCUAGAGCUGACUUUAGAUCGGAAUGAGGUGCACCUGGAAGAUAUCCUUCAAGGUCAGAAAGCGCCGUCAAAGAUCGAGCGCCAGAUCCGUAUUCUAAUCCAUCGUCUGCAUGUGCGGUGUCUACUCGCCCAUAAUGCCGUGCGCAACGACUGGAUCAAUGACACAAAAUGCCACGAUAUUCUACGAGGGAAGCUGCCACCUGCGAUUCAAAGCGAAAUACAGAAAUGGCGCCGGGCAUCUGGUCUCGAGCCGCCAGAGCCACCUAAAGAGCCGCCAUCGCAGAAGAAGAAGAAAGACAGGCAAACCAAACGCCAGGCCCAGUCGCAACAACGCGAUUGGGGUGAGAAUUCGUCCCGGCAAGAACCCGGACAACCUGAUCUGAGCAAUGGCGAUCCCAUAAUCCACCUGAUGCGUAUCCUUGCUGCAUACUGGAAGAGCAAAUUCAAGGUUACAGCGCCAGGUCUCCGAAAACGUGGCUACCGGCCCUUGGCCCAACUACAGGCCCAAAUUGCCUCCUUCCAUAAAGACAAAAACGACCACGAGCUCUACGGGGAGCUCGUUCCCAGCGUCGAAGAGUUUCGUCAAGCUGCCGAGCGCAUGGAAGGCUCUCGCGAUAUCGGCGCGCAGCUUUUCACCGCGCUACUUCGCGCGCUCUCAAUCGAAUCUCGCCUUGUUGCUAGUCUACAACCGCUCGGCUUUGGUUGGACAAAGGCAGAGUCGUACACUUUGCCAAAGUCGAAGGAGAAGCAGACGCCUACCAAGGGAGCAACGAAUGGAAAUGAUCAUUCUAAUAGUGAUGACGAGGACGAGGAAGCUCAGCCCUCCUCCCGUGGCCGGAAGUCUACGCGGCGGUACGACCAGGACCUCCCUUUCCCGAUCUACUGGACCGAGGUAGUAUCUCCGAUUACACAUCAAGUGGUCUCUGUCGACCCUCUUGUGCUCCCCAACGCGGUGGCGGCUACCCAAGAGCUCCAAGCAGCAUGGGAGCCGCGCGGUGCCAAAGCGGAAAAGGCUAAACAGGUAAUAUGCUACGUAAUUGCUUUCUCAGCCGAUAAGACUGCGAAAGACGUAACCACUCGGUAUUUACGCAGGCGGACCUGGCCUGGGAAGACCAAGGGCUUCCGGCUGGGGAAGAAGGGGCCUGAUGAUGAUCCGCUGGACUGGUUUCGUGUUCUUCUGCUCAACUAUAAACGCCCGCAUAAGGAUCGCAGCGCCGUCGACGACAUCGAGGAUGCUCAAGACUUGGUCCCUAAUCGGCCGACAAAGAGCAAGCCAACAGAUGAAACAGUCGACACUCUGCAGAGCCUACGCACAUCCACUGAGUUUGUUCUAGAGCGCUUCCUCCGCCGGGAAGAAGCCCUCCGACCAGGCGCUCAGCCCGUUCGCACCUUUACCCCGGGCGGAAAGAAGAAGACCAAUGCCAAGGGCAAGGGCACAGCAACGCCGCCAGCAGAAAGCCCCAAAACCGAAAACGUCUAUCGCCGCUCUGAUGUUGUCAAAUGUCAAUCUGCUGAAAGCUGGCACAAAGAAGGCCGCGAGCCCCGACCCUCCGCGAUGCCUCUCAAACGCGUCCCCAUCCGCGCCGUCACUCUCCUUCGCAAACGCGAAGUGGACGAAGAACUUCGGCGAACAGGCCAAAAGCCGCUUCAGGGCCUUUACUCCCUUGAGCAAACGCAAGAGAUUAUCCCUCCACCAAUUGUAGACGGCGUCAUACCGAAAAACGAUUACGGCAAUAUCGACUGCUUCGUCCCUCGCAUGGUUCCAGAAGGCGCAGUACACAUCCCCUUCUCCGGCACCGCGCGCAUCUGCAAGAAACUAGGCAUUGACUAUGCCGAAGCUGUUACAGGAUUCGAGUUCGGCAGCCAGAUGGCCGUGCCUGUUAUCGAGGGCGUUGUCGUAGCGGCCGAGAAUAAAGAUCUUGUGAAGGACGCAUGGCGCGCAGAUUACGAGGAAAAGCAACGUAAGGAAGCUCGAAAGGCUGAAGCGAAGAUCUUGGCGACCUGGCGAAAGUUUCUGUUCGGGUUGCGCAUUGCACAGCGCGUACAGGAAGAGUAUGCUGAGGAUGAGGAGGGGCAUUUACCUGAUGCGCAUAAUCCCUUUGCAAGCCGGAAGGCAGCAUCUGCACAAGCACGAACGCAAACCAGUACGCCAAUAGGAGAAGAACACCCGGCAGGCCUUGUAGACGAAGACGAGGAGGAAGCUGCGGAUCGGGGCGGCGGCUUCCUUCUGGGUGGGCACGACGAUGUCGAUGACAGCCUGAUCGUGGAAGAGAGAAAGCCUCCUGUGCGAAGAGUGCCGCGAAUCUCGCACAAAGAAGAUUCUCCCACUCUUAAUGAUGAAGCUCACCUUGGCGGCGGAUUUCUACUCGAUGGAGACGACGAUAUCGAUGACAAGGAUCUAGUUGUGGAAGAGAGGAAGCCGCCUGUGCGGCGAACCCGAAACGUUUCUUACAAAGAUGAGUCCCCAGACUUCGAUGAGGAAUCGUCGCCGGAGGAGUAUACGGAGGAUGUGGCUUCUCCACCUCCAAAGCGCAGACGUACUCGCAAUUCUAGGAAGACAUGA